UUCCGAAGUUAUUAACCACAAGAACACAACACCCAACCAAAAACUGAAAUUCAGCUAAAUCUCAUGUUUUCACUGUCACUCCUCUCCAAAUCCAUACUCACUUCAAUAGCUUACCCAAAAAUCCCAUUCCCAAUUUUACCCUCCGCCAUGUCCAUCUCCACCGGCGCCGCCGCAAAAUCCCGCUUACGCGGCGUCAUUUUCGACAUGGACGGAACCCUGACGGUGCCCGUAAUCGAUUUCGCCGCAAUGUACAGAGCCGUGCUCGGAGACGAGGAGUAUCGAAGAGUUAAAGCUGAAAACCCAUCUGGUAUUGAUAUUUUACACCACAUUGAACAAUGGUCGCCUGACAAACAACGUACGGCUUAUGAGGUUAUCCUUGAUUUUGAACGCCAGGGACUUGAUCGUCUACAAAUUAUGCCUGGUGUUGUUGAGCUGUGUAGGCUUCUUGAUUCAAAGAAUAUAAGACGAGGGUUAAUUACUCGAAAUGUGAAGGAAGCCGUGGAUCUUUUUCAUUUACGUUCUGGGGUAACAUUCUCUCCAGCAUUAAGCAGAGAGUUCCGUCCUUAUAAGCCAGACCCAGCUCCUCUUCUUCAUAUAUGUGCAGCAUGGAACAUUCAGGCUAACGAAGUCAUCAUGGUUGGUGAUAGUCUUAAAGAUGACAUUGUCUGUGGGAAACGAGCUGGAGCAUUUACGUGUUUGCUGGAUGAGACGGGGAGGUAUGGUUCUUCAGAUUUUUCCGAGUUGGGAGAACCAGAUUUUAAGGUGGCUUCCCUAGCCGAGAUUUAUUCCCUGUUAGAGACAAAUUUUGAUUUGAUGCCAUAAUUUCUCAAAUCCACAACGGAGAUUAUAGUCAAGGAAUCAUAGUAUUCUGUGGUAUGAAUGAUGUAGUAAUGGGGAUAUUCUCUGGUGUAGUAGUGUUGAUACUACAUUGUAUAGUGUAUUAUGAUUAAAAAAAUGAGAUUCACUUGUUUUA